UUCCUAACCAACGCAUUAUUAGAUUUAUUUAGAUAACCAGUGGUGGUUAUUACUUGUGGUUGUAGUUGUGACUGUGUCAUAGAAAUAUAUCUUAUCUUUUCUGUCUUAUUGCGUUGCAUUCACGGCACGGCAAAACUUCACAUUAUAAGGGUCUUCUCGCUUUGUUAUGAACCAGAGCUAGAUGUUAGCUAUUUCGACGUUUUUAUUUGAGCUUGUUAAACGUAUCUGCUGCGUCCCGACGAAGAAGUCACUUAAGUUAUGCCUUAUUGUCGCUACAUCUGUGUUGCGAAUAUUUAUUUAUAUUUACAAUGUUUUACUGAAUGCUCCAUGCGGUUCGCAAAGUUUUAAGUUAAUUUUAUUCAAUAUUACCAGUCGAAGUAAAGCUAGCUACAAGUAACAUAAAAGGUAGGCGUUGAAAAAUAAAGUCGUGUUUCUCUCUGCAUUCACUGCAGAAGAAAAUAACAGUAAGACGACACAUUUUCCACUUCUGUAAGAUAGGCACAGUGCCUGGCAAUGAAUAGACUUAAUUUCGUCGUGUUAUGGACGGAAACGUCAAUGUAUUUUAUUUUAGUUUCAUUAAAAAAAAAAUAUGCAAAACCACUAGAAAGAAGCAGGUAAGAACUGAACAGAAAAUUUGGCGUGGUUUUCAAAUAAACCUCCUGCGCCCUGACUCAGAAGUUUGUAGAAUCACCGUUUGCUCCAAUUGCAGCACCAAGUCCUUUGGGGUUACGUCUUUACCAGUUUUCUACAAUUACAUAGUCAAAAUUCACAUUUAUUUUGUUUGCAAAAUCAGCACAGUCACAUUGGUAAAUAAGAAGCAUGUAAUCUUGGUGUGUAAAGCUGGCUAUAUUAAUUUUUUUUUAAAUAUUUUACAAUACUGGAGUAAACGUACUGUAUUAUCUUUCACUACUGACUUCCUUAGUGUUACUGAACCAUUUAAGCUUUUUCCACCCAUUGUUUUAAAAUAUGCAGUAUAAACAGUCUCUUAUUUUCCCCUUCCUUCAGAUAUGAAACUGAUUCAUAGCUAUUGUGGGGAAAUACAAUGAGCUUGCUGCUCUACCAAAGGUUGCACUAUAAUUUCUAAGACAUCAGUCAUUGACUUUGGAAGGGAAACACUUCAUUGGCUCAAGGCUGUAAAAGCACCAACAAAGUCUGGACUUUUAACCAACUAGAUUGGAUCGUAAAAAAUGACUUUUGUGUCACUAUGGCUUCUGACUUUCCCCCUUCUGCUCCAGCACCAGGAAUCGUAGCUCCUUUGGACCUUUAAGUCUUUGUUGUGGUUGCUCAGACAAGAGUCGGAAAAAGGUCAACGUUAUUUCCUGCAAUAACAGGACCUGUCCUUGCGCGGAGAUCAGAUCCGCCUGGAGCCAUGUUCCCACACGCUUGCCUGUGCCCACAUGCUCCUGCUCUGUGAUGUGUUACUCUCCCUAACCGAGAUCAUAAGGUGCAAGUCUGAGUGUGUCUUUCCUAUUCUCACAGAGCGAGCUGUGAACACAGGCAGCCGUUUCAUAUGUCUGCCUGUCCUUCUGACUAUGCUGCUCUUGGUAGCGCUGGGCAUAGUUUUCCUUCCCCCCGCCGCGGUCAACGUUGUGACGGCUGAGGUCACCGACCACAACCCGGCCUCACCCCUGCUGAACUACAGCAGGAUCUCCUUGCCGCCGGAGCACAUACCCUAUUUUCUCAGCAACAACAAGAAGGUCGCCAAGUUAUGCCGCCAGGACCCACUCUGCCCUUUUAAAGAUGCUUUGCGGAAUCCGUCGCUCUGUUGGGGCUACGAGAAAAACUGCGACGCAGAGAAACGCUUCAGCUAUCCUGUCUGCACCAAGGUUAACUCCGGAUGGGCCCGUUCGCUGGACGCAGCCCAGGAGCUUUUCUGGAAGCAGGCUGAUUUUGGUUACGUCAAGGAGCGACUCUCUGAACUCAAAACACUCUGCAAGGCCGGCGAGCCGGGAGACUCGUCAUUAAAAUGCAGCAGUCACGCAAGGUUCUGCAGGGCAACGAAUCUGUACCUGGACUUGCAAAAUCCACGCAGAAGUCACGAGAGGUAUGACGAGGACUUUAUCCGUACGGGGGAGAUUGGCGGGCACUGCAAACUGAACAAGCAAGCGCUGGCAGCUGAAGGAGAUCACAAGAGUCCUCUGCAGUCCUGGUACGCUGAACUACAGACGUACUCUGAGCUGAACUUCCGUCCCAUGGAAGAUGGCCACUGUGACAUCAUUAUAGAAAGACCAACAGUUUUCAUGAAGCUUGACGCAGGGGUGAACAUGUACCACCACUUCUGUGACUUUGUGAACCUCUACAUCUCUCAGCACAUUAACAACUCCAUGAGCUCAGAUAUCAACAUUGUCAUGUGGGACACGAGUUAUUAUGGUUAUGGUGAUCUGUUCAGUGAAACUUGGCAGGCCUUCACAGACUAUGACAUCAUCCACCUGAAGACGUAUGACUCUAAAAGAGUGUGCUUUAAAGAUUCCUUCUUCUCCCUUCUUCCAAGAAUGAGAUACGGUCUCUUCUACAACACACCUCUAGUCACUGAUUGCCACACUGAAGGGAUGUUCAGAGCGUUUUCUCAGCACGUCCUGCAUCGGCUUAACAUCCCGCAAAACGGACCAAAGGCGGGGCGUGUUCGUGUCACCCUGCUGGCGCGCAGCACAGAAUACAGACGGAUCCGAAACCAAGUGGAACUGGUCAGUGCCCUCAAGACUGUUCCUCUGCUGGAGGUCAGUGUGGUGGACUACAAAUACAAGGACGUUCCCUUCCUGGAGCAGCUGAGACUCACCCAUAACUCGGACAUCUUCAUCGGGAUGCACGGCGCCGGACUCACGCACCUCCUCUUCCUCCCUGACUGGGCCGUCAUCUUCGAGCUAUAUAACUGUCAGGAUGAGAGCUGCUAUCGAGAUUUGGCUCGCCUGCGGGGGAUUCGAUAUGUGACUUGGCAGAAAAUGGACAAAGUUCUCCCCCAGGACAAGGGCCAUCAUCCGACACUUGGGGACCAUCCUAAGUUUACCAACUACUCCUUUGAUGUGGAGGAGUUUAUGCGCAUCGUGCUGGAGGCGGCUGAUUAUGUCACCCGGCAUCCCAAAUGGCAGCGCGGCAUCCGUCACGAUGAACUCUGAAGCGUCUGACGCCUGCAGCGGAGGCCUUUACUUGAAUUUCAAGCAGAGCGUGUUUUAAGGCCGUUGCUAAAAGUUACCUCACCGACCGGCAAAAUCUCAGUCGCCACAGUGUUACGUUCGCCGCCUCCAGUCUGCUGCUCCGACGGAUCCGGAUGAAAGAAAGAAGUACGGCGACAGCUCCGGUUUUUGAGUAGAUUCCUCUAGCCUUGUUAGUGUCGGAUCAGUGAAAGGCUGCGCGGAGCUGAAGCAGCUGGAGAGCGAUCAGACGUCCCCCCCAUGUUUCUUCAUUACUUCCGCAGCAGCCACUUCAUUCCACGUCGUCAAAGUCGGUAAAUGAGCAGCUGUUUCGGCACGCCUUCACGUGCGACGUCCCGUCCGCUUCCAUCAGCGUCACGUUGACGGGAGCCUCUCGAGGGCCGCUGACAAUCAUGGUACAGUUUUUGCGAGCGCAGCCGGCAGAAACCAGCCGAAUGUCGCAACACAUGGAGUGAAACACUUCCCAAGUUACUUUUAAGUUUUCACUGCGCCACUAAAGCGUAAAAAUACAUACAUUGUAAUCUCAGAUCAAUUUUACGAAACACUAUAGGUUUGUUUUUACAUGCGGAGCCUUGUGAAAGGGUUCAACACCCCGAAAUAUUUCCACAUUUUGUCACAUUACAGCCACUUUUCACUGUAUUUGACUUGUUUUUGUACUUGAUAGAACUCAAAGUAGCGCAUAGUUGUGAAGUGGACUAAACCGAUUCUAAAUAUUGUCUGAAUUUUGUUAGAGGUAACAAUCUGAUGCCCCUAAAUACAAACCAGUGCACCCAAUUUUCCUGCAGAGGCCCACGGCUCAUGUGGAAGAAUUUGUUGAAUGGUGCAUUCCACCAGAGAGGCGGUUCUACAAAGUAUGAAUUUGGGGGCCCAUAUACAAAUGCAGACCACACUUCUCAGAUUUUAUUUGUAAAAAAAAAAACAAACCCAUAAAGGCAGUUCUUCAUUUUGGUUCCACUUUACAGUAAUGAGCUACUUUAUGUUAGUUUGUGACAUGAACUCCCAGAAACUCGGACGUGAAUGUGUAAAAAUUUUAAGAGGUUUGUUUUCAUUUGAAAGGCGCAACAUGUGUGUGACAUCCCAGUCUUCAUUCAUGUUUUACUCUCGUUGUUUGGGUCCAGUUUCAUGCAGCAACUGCGUCUUACUAAGUACACGUGAUUCAAAUAUUCUCAUCGCUACGGUAACUCUAAAAGGUGAAGACAGAGCAGGCAGUCUGGAGGGUAAUUCUUUUUAAGUAUCAGUGUUAAUGUUUGAGUUUUGUAGUUAGUAUUAUUAAAGCAAAUUCAAUUAUGUGUCACUAAAGUAUAAAGUAUUUUAUACAGAUUUGUGAGAUUUUGUUUGUUUAACUUUGAUUGUUACACAUUUGUUUACAUUUUUGUUUUAACUUUUAUCACAAUCAUGGUUUUAUGUUUUUAAACACCUUUGAGUCUCCAGAUAGUGACAUUAUGAAGAGUCUGCUACGAUCUGUAAGUUUUUCAACGCCCUUAGUGUUAAUUGACAUCAUAUAUGAUGAUAAUUAAGUUGAGGAAGAAGAAAAA